AUGGAGAUCGAAAUUGCGGCGGCCGGAGGCGGAGUAUCUUCCGUUAUGCAAUUUCCCCUGUUACGAAAGAUGAGCAAAGUUCCAGUGAGGAUCGUUGGGAUUCUUCUAUGGAUGUGUGUGUGGGUUUGUAAUGGGGAUGGAGAGUAUGUGCUGUACAAGGACCCGAAACAGAAGGUCUCAGAUCGAGUUUUGGAUUUGUUUGGUAGAAUGACUCUGGAAGAGAAGAUUGGUCAGAUGGUUCAGAUUGAUAGAAGUGUCGCCACUGUUAACAUAAUGAGAGAUUACUCCAUCGGCAGUGUGUUGAGUGGUGGUGGGAGUGCUCCACUUCCUGAGGCAACUGCUCAGAAUUGGGUUGAUAUGAUAAAUGAGUAUCAGAAGGGAGCUCUAGUGAGUCGUUUGGGCAUUCCUAUGAUAUAUGGCAUUGAUGCCGUUCACGGUCAUAACAAUGUCUACAACGCUACUAUCUUCCCUCACAAUGUUGGUCUUGGAGCCACCAGGCAAGUUUUAGCUAGAACGGAUCCUGAUCUUGUUAAGAGGAUUGGAGCAGCAACUGCAGUCGAAGUCAGAGCCACUGGAAUCCCAUACACUUUUGCUCCUUGCAUCGCAGUUUGUAGAGAUCCCAGAUGGGGUAGGUGUUAUGAGAGCUACAGCGAGGAUCACAAGGUGGUGGAAGACAUGACGGAUGUCAUACUUGGUUUACAAGGAGAGCCUCCUUCCAACUACAAGCACGGAGUUCCAUUCGUUGGUGGAAGGGAUAAAGUUGCAGCAUGUGCCAAGCAUUACGUGGGAGACGGUGGGACAACCAGAGGAAUAAAUGAGAACAACACAGUGACUGAUUUACACGGUCUUCUCAGCGUUCACAUGCCUGCUUACGCUGAUGCAGUUUACAAAGGUGUUUCCACAGUGAUGGUUUCAUAUUCAAGCUGGAAUGGCGAGAAGAUGCAUGCACAUACUGAGCUCAUUACAGGGUAUCUCAAGGGUACCCUUAAGUUUAAGAGUCUUGAUCAUGUGAAUCUUUAUAGAUCAAAGGAGUUGAUUUUGAGUGCUGAUUCCAAUUUUAUCUUGUCAUAUGUGCAGGGUUUUGUUAUUUCGGAUUGGCAAGGCGUUGAUAAGAUCUCUACACCACCGCAUACGAACUACACAGCUUCUGUCCGAGCUGCAAUUCAAGCUGGCAUUGAUAUGGUCAUGGUCCCCUUCAACUUCACUGAAUUCGUCAAUGAUCUUACGUCCUUGGUGAAGAACAAAGUGAUUCCUAUCACCCGGAUUGAUGAUGCUGUCAGAAGAAUCCUGCGGGUCAAAUUCACCAUGGGUCUUUUUGAGAACCCUUUGGCUGAUUACAGCUUUUCAAAUGAACUAGGAAGCCAAGCACAUAGAGACUUGGCAAGGGAGGCUGUUAGGAAAUCACUUGUGCUGCUGAAAAACGGGAACACAACCAAUCCUAUGCUCCCACUUCCCAGGAAGACUUCAAAGAUCCUUGUCGCUGGCACUCAUGCUGAUAAUUUAGGAUAUCAGUGUGGUGGUUGGACCAUAACUUGGCAAGGAUUUAGCGGUAACAAGAACACGAGGGGGACUACGAUUCUUGGCGCUAUAAAAUCAGCUGUUGAUCAAAGCACUGAAGUUGUCUUCCGCGAGAAUCCAAAUGCUGAAUUCAUGAAAGCGAACAACUUUGCAUACGCUAUCAUCGCUGUUGGUGAACCGACAUAUGCAGAGACGGCUGGAGAUAGCGACAAGCUAACCAUGCUGGACCCUGGUCCUGCCAUCAUUAGCUCCACUUGUCAGGCUGUCAAAUGUGUGGUUGUGGUCGUUUCAGGCAGACCAGUUGUGAUGGAACCUUACGUUGCCUCGAUCGAGGCAUUGGUUGCAGCGUGGCUACCGGGAACAGAAGGCCAAGGUAUCACUGAUGCUCUCUUUGGGGACCAUGGCUUCAGUGGAAAACUUCCUGUUACAUGGUUCAGAAACACAGAGCAGUUGCCUAUGAGCUAUGGAGAUUCACAUUAUGACCCGCUUUUCGCUUACGGGGCUGGUCUUGAAACUGAGUCCGUUGCGAGCAUUGUUGCUAGGUCAACCUCAGCUUCUGCUGCUGGCACAAAGCCUUGCUUAAUCACAGUCCUUGUUUCUGCUACAUUUUGUCUGUUUCUCUUCCCAAGAGCAUUAAAACCUAAUGGGUACUCUCAAAGCUCAGACAAAACAACCAAUUCAGAUAGAGAUCAUCCGAAAGCAAAUAAAUUUACUCUAAUGGCAGCAAGACAGCAACCGAAAGGAACAGGCUUCGGGAUUCAGUAUGAGGAUCUUGUCCCCAAGUCCGAAUGGAUAGAUCAACCUGAAGCCACUCUUCUCACCAUUGAUCUUCCCGGUUUUGCAAAGGAGCAAAUCAAGGUGACAUAUGUGCACACCUCGAAGAUGAUAAGAGUCACUGGAGAACGUCCUGUGGCUGAUCGGAGAUGGAGCCGUUUCAACGAGGUGUUCAAUGUCCCACAAAAUUGUCUAGUAGAUAAGAUCCAUGGGAGCUUCAAGAACAACGUCCUCACCAUCACCUUGCCUAAGGAGACGAUUACGAAGAUGCCUAAUCUUCCAGAGUCUUCGGCAACUGUGGCUGAGAAGGUGGAGAAGCUAGAGGAGAAGAGGUUGUUGGAGGAAUCCAAAAGGAAAGAGAAGGAGGAAGAGGCCGAGAAGAAGAAGAAGCUUCUGGAAGAGAAAGAGGGACUAAUUAGGAAGCUACAAGAAGAAGCUAAAGCAAAAGAGAAGGCUGAAAUGAAAAAGCUUCAAGAGGAAGCUAUAGCAAAAGAGAAGGCUGAGGCAAGGAAGCUUCAAGAAGAAGCUAUAGCAAAAGAGAAGGUUGAGGCAAGAAGGCUCCAAGAAGAAGCCAAAGCAAAAGAGAAGCUUUUGGAAGAAGCUACAUUGGAGAAGAAGAUCCAGGAGAAGAAGUCUGCCGAUGAAUCUGGACGAAAAGAGAAGAUGCUAAAGCCAGAAGAGAGGAAGCUUCCAGAAGUGGUGUAUACAAAAUCAGGUCCC